GCGGUAUCUACACUCUUACUAUCCAGAGAGUGUUGAAGGCCCCGGGCCGGGAGACGCCGCCACCGGGAACAAAACGGGGAGAAGCCGAGAAACAAGAGAAGGAUAAACAUUCAGAAAUGUCUUUCAUAUUUGAGUGGAUUUAUAACGGCUUCAGCAGCGUGCUGCAGUUUUUAGGAUUAUACAAGAAGUCUGGGAAGCUAGUGUUUUUAGGCUUGGACAAUGCUGGAAAAACCACACUGCUACAUAUGCUAAAAGAUGACAGGCUCGGUCAGCAUGUUCCUACACUACAUCCAACAUCAGAAGAGCUGACCAUUGCAGGGAUGACCUUUACCACUUUUGACCUCGGUGGACAUGAGCAAGCUCGUCGUGUUUGGAAGAAUUAUCUGCCUGCAAUCAAUGGAAUUGUCUUUCUUGUGGACUGUGUAGAUCAUGGGCGCCUUAUGGAGUCUAAAGUUGAGCUCAAUGCACUCAUGACAGAUGAAACAAUAUCUAAUGUGCCAAUCCUCAUCCUGGGGAACAAAAUUGACAGACCAGAAGCAAUCAGUGAGGAAAAACUGAGAGAAAUCUUUGGAUUAUAUGGACAGACCACAGGAAAAGGUAAUGUGCCACUGAAGGAUCUAAAUGCUCGCCCAAUGGAGGUGUUUAUGUGCAGUGUGCUCAAGCGGCAAGGAUAUGGUGAAGGUUUCCGUUGGCUGUCCCAGUACAUUGACUGAAUUUUCCCUCCUCCCCCACUACUUCUUUCCUUUCCUUGGAUCGGCAAGAAAAUAAAAACAAGGUUAUGCUGAGUUCGACUCCUCUGGACUUUAUCCUGACGGACUUCUCUUUCAGAGUGAGGCAGACUCACACAGGCAGUGAUUAACACAGUGCAACAACCAGGAGUCUUGUGGGGAAACUUCGCUCUGAUCAAGAGUUAAUUGAUUUCAACAGAAAACAAGUCUAUUUUUUAAAGAAUGUCCAUGUAAACUGUGCCCCUUCAGCUUUUUUUUUUUUCUUUUAAAUCACUUUGUUUGGUCCAGAGUUUGUAUUAGGCUUUUUUUUUUUUUAAUCUACAUAUUUAAUGGUAUUUAGAUAUUUCACAACAACAAUGCUGAACCAAGUUUCAUGACAUUAGAAGUCCGCAAUAAACAUACUUUUGCGCUGGCAUGCUCUUCAACAAUGGUUUUGCUUUGGCAGCCUGGCUGAUGUCUGAUUGGUGGUGGGGUAUAAAAAGGGAGCCUCAUCAGGAGUUGACACUUUUACAUUUUUGGUUUUUGCUGAAUGGAGUGAAAGUGAGAGAGGUCAUUAAAAUAACACUUACUACUAUGUUUUUAUUCUUGUGCCCGAUCUGGGUAUAUAGGUGCAUAAAUUAGUCCUAACCGUUAAUACACAUAUUUGCCUGGUCUUUAAUGUAGUAUAUCUCCAAAAGUAUAAAAUAUAUAAGGGUGCAUGCCCUCUGAAGGAACUGUAUAUUAUGAGUAGUUUAUUAUUUUGUAUUACCCUUAAAGCAGUCUUAUAGUGGCCUUGUAGCCACCGGGUUACCCAAAAGUGGCAAUUUAUAAAGAAUAUGCUGUAAAGUAAAAAAUAAAUCUUUGAUUCUCCCAUUGAUACAUUUUUUCAAUAUGUAGCCUAGAGGCUAGGCAAGAGGUGCGCAGAGCAGUGUCUACUUCUAGUGAACCUAUCCUCAGUUGUACCAGGUCAGGUACAUUGUGACACUGCUGUUUCAGUGCCAUGGGUAAUUUAAAUGAAAUACCUUCAGUUGUGAGAAAGUACACAUUGCUGUAUUUUAUGUACACAACCCUUCCCUCUAGUCAAUUUUUUUUUUUUUUUCAAAAGCACAUAAGAGCAUACUGUGCAGAGCAGUUUGUAGACAUGCGUUGAUGUCAGCUGGUCAAAUGCUACCUUUUGAGCAGGAAAGGCUUAGAUGUGCUUGCAGCAGUUUUCAAAUGCCAUGGGUCAAUUAGUUGCCAUAUUGCAAAUUUGACGGAUAGAUUAUUAGAACAUGAUGUCCUACAAAGAAGCCUGUGGAGCCCUUUAGAAGACUGGGUGACAUAAAAUUCCCAUGAAGGGCCUGAUCAGGCUAGUGGACCUCCUUUUGGACAGUCAUGGUCUUGACAAAGAAUUCAAACUUUGUUGUUUUGGUUACAUAUAUUUUCUUCGGAUAGUUAGGGCUAUGUUGAUUUAGAAUACUAGAAGGGGGAUGGAGUAAUAGCUUCUUGCAAACUGGUAAAGAAAUUUCAUUGCUAACUUUUUACAAAUGAGGGAUAAUUUAAUUCUAAUAUGAUGGUAUUAACAUACAUAUAGGUAAGGAUAUUUCUUUGGCAAGACAAAACCCACUUCUGUCCAUCUAUUCCCUGUAUAUGGACUUGAAUGCAAGAAUAUUUUGAUGUAUGAAAAUACUCUGUGUAACAUAAACCAUCCUGUGCUUCACAAUAAAGCCCUGGUUUUCUUUGCUUGCCAGCAUUUAAUUUGCAACACGUUUAUCUAGAACUCCAAUAAAAUGGUCAUGUGAUAAUA